AUGGCUUUAAAACGUAUUAAGAAAGAAUUGGAAGAUUUAAAGAGAGAUCCUCCUGCCCAAUGUAGUGCUGGACCUGUUGGUGAUGAUUUGUUUCAUUGGCAAGCAACUAUAAUGGGACCUCCAGAUAGUCCAUAUCAAGGCGGUGUAUUCUUUCUAACAAUUCAUUUUCCAACGGAUUAUCCUUUUAAACCACCCAAAGUAGCUUUCACAACGCGAAUAUACCAUCCUAAUAUAAACACUCUAACCAUAUCCAAAGUACUGCUAUCUAUAUGCUCUUUACUUUGUGAUCCAAACCCAGAUGAUCCUUUGGUACCUGAGAUCGCCAAGUUAUAUAAAACGGACAGAGAAAAAUAUAACGAAAUGGGACGUGAAUGGACUAGAAAAUAUGCCAUGUGA